AUGUCGUUACAUUUCACCCCCUUCGACGUCGUCACCAACACGCCCUUUUCCGGGGCAGCCCGCUCGGCAUCGUGUCCGUGUCGGCCGACAGACAACCUCUCAGCCAGGACCAGAAGCAGCUCAUCGCGCGCGCGCGCCUCGCCCCGCCUCGACAUCUUCACCCCACUCGCCGAGAUCCCGUUCGCCCGCCCGCCACCCCCCACCGUCGGCGUCGCCAAUUUACCUCCUGCACCACGUGCGUCUGGGGUCUGCGAAGCCGCGGGGUUGGUCCCCUUCAAAGAAGAACAGGACAAAAGGCGAAGACGAAGACGGAGGAGGAAAAGGAGGAAAGGGGGCGCCCAGUUAGUUAGUAUCGUGAACAGCACGACGACAGCCGUCGUGGCGCGGGCUCCCGGACCUGGAGACGCCCGCGAGGCAGACAAGAGACGCAAAUCGGAUACGAAAGUCACGCUUGGAUCUCCGGCGAAGGAUAAUCUUAGGUAG